GAAACCCAAGAAAAUAUCAUUUGGUGGUAGAAAGCAGUAGAAUAAGAAGAGAAGACUGACCCGUGUAGAGAAGAAUUUAAUGGAUUCAGCUCAAACCAGUGUGAUCUAAUUGAUCUAAUUUGAUUGGCCACUCACUGCCUUGGGAACACCACUAAACAUUAGCAUGCAGCACAUACAGCCUCAGAUUUUCGGAUUUGUGGUUCAGUUAUUUCUCUUGUCCGUGGCUGGGAAUGUGUCACUAAAGAUCCACAUCCAUGCCUCCAAUGAAAUGAGUGGUGAGAGGAGAGCGCCGUGUGAUCAACAUGUCUCCUUGAAUGUCAAGUCUGUUCCAUCUGUAUCUCCUAAUUCUGUAAUAGAUCUACUGGGACCGACUAUAUCCCCUUUGGGGAAGCUGAUCGCUGGGAAGCAAAUAACACUGUCGUGUACGUCUCAUCCAGCACCUCAAGGGUGCAAGGGAAUGAUCACAUGGGAAGGAAUGAGAAACAUAAAGAACACAAAUAACUAUGAGAGGAAGGAUCAGGCUGGAAAAAUCACCUCUAUAUCAGUUAUAAGAUUUACUCCAUCCCAGGGAGAUGACAACAGCUCACUAACAUGUACAGUGACUUACAGUGGGGUCUCCACUAAUAGCAGCAUCACCCUGGAUGUUGAGUACCCUCCUUCAAUGACAAUAACAGUUGCAGGAUAUAAUGGAACUUAUGAAAACAAAUCUGUGACUAUUAAAGAGGGAGACUCGAGGCUUGUCCGAUGUGAAGUCAACAGCAACCCAGUGGCUAAGGUUUCCUGGAGUAGAAAAAAAGACAUUUUUAUUAGAACAUCUGGUAAGAGUCUGACUCUUGCACUUAACAACGUUUCAGUUGCUGACGCUGUAACCUACAAGUGCUUUGCCCAGAAUACUCACGGAUCCAUCACUGCUACUGUUACUAUCAAUGUAGAAUCUCUCACGAAUAACACGAUCCAUCUUAAAGGAAUUACGUUUGGUGGAAUUUUUGUCUUACUCACUAUCAUACUCCUCACUAUCAUAGUAAUUACAGUAGUUUUGGUGAUGAGAUGCAAGAAAAAGAGAAGGUCACCAGAACAGGUUGAAGAAAACAAAAGGUCAUCACCAAAUAACUAUGAAGUGGUUCACUGCAAUAUAGAAAGAAUUUCUAAUCAAGAACCCAACAUGGCUGUCAGCUCUCCAAGUGAAUGUGAAAGAUCAAAUGAAGACCUGCAAUAUGUGACCCUUGAUUUCUUAAGGUCAAAACCAGAAAGCUCUCCAGAACCACAAGAGUCUUUAUAUUCAGAAGUCAAAUGAAACCAAAAAAAGGAAUUGGUGGCAUAAGAGAAAAGACCAUGAUCUGUAUUUGCCCUUGUCAUAACUGUUGAUCACCUGUCACAAAACAAUGAAGAGUCUAGCCUCAGGAACAAUUUAUUAUUACACUGUAUUGACAAGCAAAACUGUUACAUCUACAGUAUGUAAUGAGUAAUCUCAGGCAAAAGACAAGGCCUUGCAAAAUGGACUAUUUGGAUAUUUCUUCAUGCCGUCAUGAAAUCAGGAACUCUUGAUAUUGUUUUCUCUGGUGAUACUGAUUGUCCACUUUAUUAUAUAUACGGGUGGGCAGAUUUCCAAUUUAUGUCUGCAUUUCAAAUGGAAUAUACACAAGACAAAAUAUUUAAGCAACAAGAGAAAGUCAAAUGGGCUGACUUGCAGAGCCAGAACUAGGGGUAGGCAGAAGAUGCAUGUGCCUAGGGUGCACAGGUGAGGGGGGCACUUAGCACAUACCUCCUCUUUGUCUACCCCUAUUGCAGGCGCCCUGCCCCCAACUCCCCACUGAAGAUUAGUAACCACCUGCUCAGGUGCCCCUGUGUGACAUCACUAUGUGCACAUGCUUUUUCAUGGGGGCACAAAGGAGGGGGCACCUGGAUCUGCUGAUAUGAAUCUUUCUGGAACAUUAACGCUGUUGGGGUUUCAUGUAUUAUAGCAUCAUAAUAAGAAUAGGUCACUAAUUAGAGCAUUUAUACCCAAAUAUGUACAAACUGUACCUAAGACGAUAAAAUGCAUAUUCCUUUAAUUAAUUGCUAUUGCUUCAAAAAGAUUUUCAGGCUUUUCAAAAAAAAAAAAAAAGCAAAACACGUGGCAAUGUGUUCUAGAAUGAUCUGGAUAUAUAUAUAUAUAUAUAUUUAUAUAUAUAGAUAGAUAGAUAGAUACAGUAUAUAGCUUGUUGCUGAGCAGGGUUUCCCUUAGCAGGAUUUGAAGAAAAUUAAAGUAUAGCAUCUAAAACCUGAACUUUUUAUUUAUUCAUAUGUCACCUAUGCAAAAAAAAAAAAAACCCUGCUCUGCAACAAUCUGAGGUAAUCGGAGCAGAAACCUCAGGUAAGUUCAGGAACUCAUGUGGGGUUUCAGUGAAUGAUUGCUUGAGCUCAAGGCUUCAGUUCUCAUAAAUCGGUGGAGUUGCCACCUUUUCCUGGUGCUAACUAUGGGCCGGGACGUAACAUGGGUGGACCAAUUGCAUGGUGAAUCAAGCCAAUGCUAUAUUGGGGGUGGUACGAUGAUAUCGGUGCUAUUGUGGUGACCGGCUAGCAUUUCCAGAGUAGGGGUUGUGUCACUUUUGGAUUUACAUUUAAAACUGUGAUUUGCAUCUGAUAUUAUAUCUAAUGAGUGACUAGUUCAAGACCUAUUAUCCAGUUUUCCUAUACAUCAGGGUGCUUUAGUCAAACAUUUGUAGGGAUCCAUAGGGUUAAUUUCACCUAUGGUCCUAAAAGUACCACAUAGUGGGAAAUCCACUGUUUGGCUAGCUAUGGGUUGGACCUAAAUUGAAGGGAGGGGGAGUGAGCCAUUUUCCCCUGUGCAGUGUGUUCUGGCAGAUACUGGAGUUGGCCAGAAGGUGUCACUGCUGCGCAACUGCUUCAAGCUUCAAGUCACCCUGUGCUCACAUUCAUUGCUGCUUUUACUUUCACUGAGAGUGGACAGAACUGCUGCAGAGAUAUGAGAAGCCUCUAGAAGUGCUUGGUGUACAGGAGCCCCAAGCCUGGGAGCUUGACCAGAAGGGUCUUGAGCUCUAAUGCAAAACAGGACUUUUUGUGUGCUUGAACAGUGGAGAGUGUUGGGAGCUGUGACAUGAGGAAUAAAGGGGGUUUGUUGUGCUUGCACUGCGGAUAGUGUUGGGAGCUGUAUCUGAGGGAGGAUAGUGGAAGGAUCCAGCGAGAAACAGGCUUUGUGUGCCUGCUAUGCGGGAGCAACAACCUCUGUCUAGCCGAAGAGGUAUUUGGGCAGGUAUCGCUACCUGGGGAAAGUUUAAGAGCUCUUUGGGAAAAGGGAGUGAGACUUUCAUUGUCCACCAGGAGUGGAGUGUGGAACUUUGCCUGGUAAGGAGGUGCCAGGAUGCAAAGGCUUCCCCAGGGUAGGGGGUCAU